CUGCAAUCUAAGUCGAGUCUCUUAACUAUCCAAGUCAAUCCACUGUGGGCGAAGGAGGUGAUCGAAGGACAGCAAAGGCAAUGUCAGCGCACCGCAGUGUUUCGCCAGCGAUCCGCCUAGUUCGAGAUUUUCUGCUCGGUAGGCAUCCGAAUGGCCAACUGAGAUUUCCGGACGAGAUCGCCACAAGGUCUCCACCGCCACCCCACCUGCCUCCCGGUCCGGCAUGCAAGCUUUCGGACAACUACUACUACACCAGAGAUGCCAGGAGGGAAGUUGGCCCCCCAACACUCCUCUAUGACGGCACUAAACCAAUGAAGAAGAUCGAAGCGGGAGAAAGCGCCAAAGGGUAACGUAUCAGUCUUGACCGUUU